UAUUUCUUCGAGAAGUUCACUCUCUCUCUCAAACACACACUAAAAAGCAGAGGAGUUUGAGGAGGAGGAGAUCGAUCGACCAUGUUUUACUCGCAUCAACUACUUGCAAGGAAAGCUCCUCUCGGCCAAAUUUGGAUGGCGGCUACACUGCACGCGAAGAUCAAUCGGAGGAAGCUCGAUAAGCUCGACAUUAUCAAGAUAUGUGAGGAGAUCCUGAAUCCGACAGUUCCGAUGGCUCUGCGGCUCUCUGGAAUUCUAAUGGGUGGUGUAGUCAUCGUCUACGAGAGGAAGGUGAAGCUCCUUUACGAUGAUGUGACUCGUUUUCUGGUAGAAAUUAACGAGGCGUGGAGGGUUAAACCAGCCUCCGACCCCACCGUUCUCCCAAAAGGGAAAGCACAAGCCAAGUAUGAAGCUGUUACGCUUCCAGAAAACUUGGAUGUGGAAGUGGAGCAGCCAAUGCAAUUCUCUGAUGCGUCCCUCUCCACCGCCAACAAAUUACGACGCUUGCAAUUGGACGAUCUGGAUGAACAAUACGUAAACAUCAACCUUGGAGAUGAUGAAAUCUCCCAGUAUCACCAAGCUGAAGCAGCCAACAUCACUCUGUUUGACAAUUUGGGAUCAGGCCUCGGAGGCAGCGAUCUCUAUAAUCGAUUUGAGAGGUUUGACAUAGGAGAUGACGAGACUCAGUUCAAUUUCACUUCUCAGGAUCGACCACAAGUCCCCAGCGCAAUCAUACCUUCACCUCUACGCCCGGAUAAGCCCCCACAAGCCCAAAACAAUGUUGUGCCCUCUCCAUCUCACCAAGAGACUCAACGAGGUGGUACAUUCACGGAAUAUCAUAUGAGAGAACAAGAGGAACGAGAGCGAGAGGUAGGUAAUACGGGGAGGAAGCAUCACUUGAAGAGGAAGGCAUCUGCAAAUGGUCACCAAGUGGUCAUGGACAAUGACCAAAUUAUGAUCCCUGGAAACAUAUACCAAACUUGGCUACAGGAUUCCUCGAAUCUUGUAUCAAAGAGAGGCCGAUUAAUCAAGCCGUCAAUUAAAGUAAGCAACCUCAUGGACUUUCCACCAGUGGCUCUGAUUUUUGGUCUAGAUAAAUCUCCCACUGAGUUUUAUUACCCUGCACCACUCCUUGAGCUAUGGAGGAAAUGCACUGAAGUAAAGCUUUCUAAUGCUUCAUCAACGGGAGGAAUGCCGCCACAAGCACAACAUCAUAUUAGCUCACCUCCAAGAGGGCCAUAUCCUCAAAAUCCUCCUGAAUUUCCUCCAGAAAUGUUCCGGAGUGAAAUGGGAUCCCACACAUUGGACUUGUCCAUGGAAAAGCUCAGGGCGAAUCUGGAGAAUAUAGACUUCCAAGGGGCCGGUGACACAGUGCGCAGUGGCAGUUCUGUCACUCCAGGAAGUCCUGGACAACGUUCAAAAUCCUUUUCUAGCUCUGAUUCGGGAGGCACUUUCAUGCCUUUGGAGCCUGAGAUACAGAUUGUACCGCCCGGAAGGUCCAAAAGAAGGCAAAACUCAUCAUCAAAUAGUCUGGGGAACCUUGAUCCGGUGGAAGAAGAGUUCCCACUGCAACAAAAUGUGAGAAACUUUGAGAUUAGAGAACCUUACUUCAAGAUUAGGAGACUCUCGGAUAUUGGGCCUACCCCUGAAACAGAGCUUUUGGAGGAAACGGUGCCGACUCAGACCCCACUCGCUGUGGAUGCGUAUCCCUCUGUCGACAAGAUAACUCAGUCAAUGAGGACGCACUUCAAAUUGCACUUCGACACACCUGGAGCCCCACAAUCUGAAUCACUCAACCAGCUCGCUUUCGGGAUGAGUAAAACAAAGGCUGCUCAACUAUUCUACCAGACAUGCGGUACUAGAAUUUCUUUUACCACACAAAUUCCUCUCUCGAGGAGGGNGGAGACAUCUUAA